UACUGGUGUUGCUUUAGCCCCUGUUUUCACGUGUGAUAAUGCACGGUGAUCUGAAGGAAGUCUUUCCUUUGGACCCUAAGCGCCAACAGAAGCAGGAAAUUAUAAGGUUUCCCAAGCUAAGGCACAUCCACCUGUACCAGCUCUCCGCUCUAAAGGGCAUCUGUGGGAGCAGGAUGUUCGCGCCCAACCUUGAGACCGUCAAGGUCAGGGGCUGUUGGGGCCUUAGCCGCCUGCCGGCCAUCAGCCGCAGCACCAGCAAGCGGCCCAAGGUGGACUGUGAGAAGGACUGGUGGGACAACCUGAAGUGGGACGGUCUCGAGGCGAAACACGACCCUUCGCUCUAUGAACCACGCCACUCGCGAUACUACAAGAAAGCCCACCUGCCAAGAGGCACCGUACUCAGGUAAACAAUUCCUUCCAUGAUUCGAGCGCUACAGGCACGUAGACCCUAUGGUGCUACGGUGCUUAAUUAGCAGAAGCUUUCUCUGGAGUGCACGUUUGUGUGUGUUGCUGUGCCUUACUUCAUGCUGCUUGAUUGGUCUGUGUGGUGGUGUGAAAUCUGCAUCUGCAUUGCCAUGGUGUGGUGGUGCGUCUUCCAGUUCAGUUUGAUUUGAUUUGGUUUGGUUUGUUUAGUUUGCUCAGCUUUGCUCGAUGAAAGCCAUAUAAGCGUCAAAGUAAGUAUGCAUCAUCGUGUUGGAUAGAUGAUGCAUGCAUGGUACAAGCUUUGAGAGAAAUAAAUAAGAGAGGGCAUUCAGCCUGAGCUGCAUGAGCGACCUGCCUGCUCAUGCUGUUGCUAUGCUGCUGCUCUCCAUUUGUUUGUUGUGGUGUGUGAUUUGUCAGCUACAGACUGAUUAUUGUAAUGCUAUAAGCAAUUCCUCCGACUUGUAUACAAAUGGUGAUUCGUGUGUGUCAUCAUAUAUAAACUGUACCUUUUUA